AAAGACUUCAGACUCACUCUCCCUCCUCUUUCUCCGCUCACUCUCUCUCCUCCUUCCUCUGAUUACUACAUAGACUCAAUCCUUUACAUCUUAUCUUAUUCUCUACUUGUCUCUAUACAUCGUCUUCUUCGCUUCUCUUGUUUUGAUUUUUAUGGACAAAGGAGGGAGACUCUCCAUUGAUUCUGAUCCAAUUGGGUUCUUUGUCACUAAACCAACUCCCAUCAAUCCCUUCUUGAAGCCCAAUUACACCAUGGACGACUCUCCCAACAACCGUUUCUCUGGUAUUGGAUUCCCCGUCAACCUCAACUGCAGAGAUGAUCAAGCAGCAGCUCCGGUGCCAACCUACGAUAGGCGGACCGUCGUUGAUGAGAUGGACUUCUUUUCCGAUAGGAAUCGGUCACAAGAUUAUGAUGCUAAGGCUUCCACCGUCAAUGUCAAGGAAGAGGACUCUCAUGGUGCCGCCGCCCCUCGCUUCGGUUUAGAUGUAAAUACUGGUCUGCACCUUGUAACUGGAAACACCGGUAGUGACCAAUCGACGGUGGAUGACAGAAUAUCUUCAAAUGCAGAAGAAAAUAAACUAGCCAAGAAUGAGCUAGUAGUCUUGCAAGCGGAGCUGAAUCGGAUGAACGAAGAGAACCAACGACUUCGAGGGAUGGUGAGUCAAGUAAGCAACAACUACAACACCUUACAGAUGCAUCUCUUCACACUAAUGCAACAACAGCAGAAACACAAACCUGAGACCAGUCAAGAACACGAGAUAUUAGAUGGGAAACUGGAAGAGAAGAAACAUGAGGGCUGUGGUGGUGGAGAAGGAGGUGGAGGAGGAGGAGGAUUCAUGGUGCCUGGACAACAGUUCAUGGAUUUGGGGCCAUCAGGCAUAGUUGAAACAGAUGAGCCAUCUCAGUCUUCGUCUGAAGGUCACAGCCAUGACCGUUCUGGGUCACCGCAUAACAAUUUGGAGGUGGCAUCUAAGGAAUACAGAUUGCAGAAGAACAGUGAGAUUGUCCCGUUUGACCAACAAGAGAAGAGUGAGUUCGGAGAAGGAAGAAGUGUUGGUAGGGAAGAUAGCCCAGACCAGGCUUCGCAGGGAUGGGUACCCAACAAGGUCCCCAAAUUGAAUCCCUCCAAGAACGUCGAUCAGUCUACAACAGAAGCUACCAUGAGGAAAGCCCGCGUCUCAGUUCGUGCUCGAUCAGAAGCACCCAUGAUCACUGAUGGAUGCCAAUGGCGAAAGUAUGGGCAGAAGAUGGCAAAAGGGAAUCCUUGCCCUCGAGCUUACUAUCGCUGCACCAUGGCUGCUGGUUGCCCCGUUCGGAAGCAAGUCCAGAGAUGUGCAGAAGAUAGAUCGAUCCUCAUAACAACCUACGAGGGAACACAUAACCACCCACUCCCUCCUGCAGCCAUGGCAAUGGCGUCGACCACAUCGGCAGCCGCCUGUAUGUUGCUGUCAGGGUCGAUGUCGAGCGCCGAUGGGUUAAUGAACUCGAAUUUUCUUGCGAGGACAUUACUGCCAUGCUCGUCUAGCAUGGCCACCAUCUCAGCUUCGGCACCUUUCCCAACUGUGACAUUGGACUUAACCAACUCACCCAACCCUUUACAGUUCCAAAGGCCACCCACACAGUUCCAUGUCCCCUUCCCUGGUGGCCCAGCAGUAGCCAACAACUUUGGUGCUGCACCGCAACAUCCCCUCGCUCAGUUGUUUGGCCAAAACCUCUACAACCAAUCGAAAUUCUCCGGUCUUCAAGUCUCUCAGGAUGUCGAUCCCUCCAAGUUUGCCCAUCAGCAACACUCUCAACAGCCACCUCAAGCAGCACAGCCUUCGCUUGCCGAUGCAGUGAGUGCCGCCACUGCCGCCAUCACGGCCGACCCAAACUUCACCGCCGCUCUAGCAGCGGCCAUCUCGUCUAUCAUCGGUGGUGCUCACCAAAGCAAUAGCAACAACAACAAUGACAACAGUAACAAUAAUAACAACGACAGCAACAAUAACACUGUUAGCGGCAACGCCCCCAUCACCAACCAACAGCAAUAGCAAUAAACUCACCAAUUCUAAUUUUUCAGGGAAUUGAGUUUUUUUUUUUUUUUUUUUUCCACAUCUUCUGCUGCUUCAAAUUUAUUUUUUUUAAUGUUUUCUUCAAUUUUCGGUAGAAAAAGGAAAAGAAGAGAUUAAUUAUACAGGUUUCUUGGGUGGGUUAUUGGUAAAGAUAAAAUACAAUCUCAUUCUUUAUGGUGAUUUCAAAUUGAA